ACUUUGUGUGCCAAAAGAGGGGAUGAAUUUUUAACAAGUAAAAAACCUGAGUAUAAAAAGUAUUAAAGUAAAGAUAAAGUCAAGUUAAAAAAAAACUUCAAAAAGCGAAACAAACUGAUAUCCCACUACGACUUCUGUAUGCAAGAGAAAUUUCAUCCGGGCAUCAUGCCGCGCAACACAUUUCCGGUGGAGAUGAAGAUGUUCGAGCCGCUGCUCGCAGCGCUGCACGAACUCAGCUGCCACAAUCCGAUCCACGUCGACGCUUUCUUGAUGGGUACUAAUAUGGAUGUUUUUUUUGUACUUGUCUACUUUGUAUGUAGUGAGGUCACCGAACGGUUCUAACCAGGGAGUUUUUUUGACAGCUCCCGUGAAAAACGACCGGCAGUUUGCAAGCGGCCGGAAGUGUUUUUGCACAUAAAAAAUUUGCAAUUAUCAAGCGGCCGGGGCGUUUGCGGCAAAAAAGCCCGAGCGGAUUCUAUCGAUUCGCACUGAAUAAAACGACGCAGGGGAGCCGGCAAAAGGGGCGCCCUUCUGAGGCGCCCACCGCCUUAGUUUCUGGCGAUUUGGGGCGCCCAAAAAGGGGCGCGCAAAAAACGCGCCCAAAAUUAGAACAGCGAAACAGCAUGGCACGGCCGCGAUUUCGGAGCAUUUUGGGCGGCCGCGAAAGCGGCCGCCUUUUCGCCGGUUUCAGAGCCUGGGAAGCUUUGCAAAAAGCGCCGGCGUUAGUAAUAAAAACGCGAAAAAGAAAAAGCCUCCCAGACGCGCAAAGCCAAUCCGCAUGCUAUGGGCCCGAUUUUUCUUCGCUUUUUGGGCGCCCUCCGUGGCACCCGGAUCGGCCCCAUAGCAUGGGGGCUGGCCUUCGGUAAGGAAUUUCGGGAAUUUGCCAAAAUUUGCGAUGUUUAUCAAGCGGCCGCCAUACCGUGCGGCCUAACGUUACUCACGGCGGUAUGGCGGGCCCAGAAAAAGCAAAGUCGCGGCCAAGGUGAUGGGUGGCCGGCAAGAAAACGCCCACGACCUCACUACCUCCGCCCCGGCGGCUAUAUUUGGUAAUAGUUAUUGUUAUUCGCAUUGAUUCGUCAUCAUCUCAGAUGAGUAAAGGAAAUUUUCGAGCGAAAAAUAACGUUCGGUCCGACAUCGCAAAUAUUAAACAGGUUUGUGGAACCCAUCGGAGCGGCAAGAGCUGUUCCAGUGGUUGAAGAUGAUACUGGAAACGUCGGAAAUUCCGUCCUCGGUCUUUUUCAAGACUUAUGCAUUGCAAAUAUGUCUGGGUCUGGAAAGUUGGAACUUGUGAUGCUACCUUUGGAUUCUGAAAAAAUCUGUAUUGCGCGACCAGCAAGAGGAGCCCAGUUUGUGCUCCACGGGGAGGGCAUUUGUCAUGCGGAAUAGGCAUCAGGAAGCCCGCUAAAAAUCUGUCAUGCUAAAGCAUAUAUCACAGAAAUUAUGGCUCAUGCAAAACGUGCAUGACAAAGACAAAGUUGCACUCAUCCAGACCCAGACAUAUUUGCAUUUGAUAAGACUACCCAGAUGUUCGACCGCUUUCUGGAGCACACCGUACUGAACAGCAGCGGUCUCGGCCACAGUACAUUGCUGCAGAACAACGGAUCCUCUUCGCUGCAAGGAGGACACAAUGCCGGGGGGUUCGUGAACAAAGCCGGGAAGGUGAUCUGCCCGUCGCCCAUGUCCGCAAGCGUGUCCACAGUGGCCAGCUCGCCGAAAACGCCGGACCAGGCGCAAGGUACGAGGAUUUGUUGAUAAAGUGGCUUUCUCAAGCUGCAUGAUGAUGUUUUCUGAAGUAUGUACGAUUUUUGCAUCGAAGAGUUCAAGUUCUCAUUCAAAGGAAGGUCCUUCACCUUCUUCUACCCACAAAAAAUAAAUACGACACUUACCAGGCACACCGUCUCCGCUGAACCCUUCGAACAUCUUAUCCGCGGUGCACCAGCAGCAAUCGGAGCUCUACGGCAGGCAGAUUCCCACCGUCCUGGAAGAUCUGCACCAGGAUAUCGCGACCCAGCUCGGCUCCCAGUUCAUUGUCCAGGACUUGCCAAAUCCGAUCGGCGAGGGCGGCGAGCUGACGCCGCAGCACGUGGCCAACCCGGUCUUCAACUCGAACUGGUCGCAGACCAUGACGCACCGGGCGUUAGGCCUUGCGUGCACCAGUCUGGUGAUGAAGCUGGACUUCCGGAAGCACUACAGCAAGCACUACGACUCGCUGAUUCAAGCGGCCGUGCCGUAUUUGUUUCCGAGUAACAACAGCAACAGCGGUAGCGGGGGAGCAGCAGGUGGGAAUACGAAUAGCAGCAGUGGGAACAACAAUGCGAACAACAACGCGUCUUCCGCCAACCGGUCGAAUUCUGCUGGAAACAGUUACGAAAUGAACACCAGUUCUUCCGGCGUCGGUGGCCCGGACUACAAUUCUGCGUCCAGCGUAUCCGCGGAGCAGUAUGGAGGGAUCGACAACGUCGGGAAUUACGUGACCACCGCCCCGGUGCCGGAAAUUCGCUACGCGUUCAGCUGCGCGUCGGCGAAAGCCUUCAUCCAGAGUUUGGAGUGGCCCAUCAUCAAAUACCUGCGGUUCCGGCUGUCCGUACCCUGCUUGAUCGACUUCUUGGACUACUUCGACACACAGUGCCAGGUAUAUCCAAACUUCCCUUUGGGAUUUUACUUUCUAUAUAGAAACAGCGAAGUAGAGAAUCUCCCUGCUUUUUUGUGUUAGUCCGUGGUUUUGCGAUGGGGAUGCAUGGUGAUUGUAGAUUGAAAUUCAUACAAGACUAUGUAUCAAUAUCAAAUUGAAAUUUACGCAUGAGAAUGAGCAAAACGAAAGUUCUCUUUCACUGAACAACUCCAUAGAUCCGGUCGAAAAAGUCGUAUGCGGUGGAUGUGAUUCUGUACCACCCGGAGCUCCUCUACGGCAACAAGAUGACGAGCAUCGCGCUCGCCAUUUGGUUUCUGUCCCACAAGAAUCAGGACUACGUGCACGCGAUUCUGCAGAAAAUGCAGACGUUUGACUCCUUCGCCCCCUCCAAGCGGCUCGAGGAGAAGCGAAGACUGAUGCAGGAAGCCCCGGGGUCCCAGUCGCCCGCUACGGCGCAAAUCUCGGAGCACGCAAUUUCGACGGCGGACUUGCGCGCGCUGGUCUCGCAGCUCCGCGAUGGUUUCCGUAGUCACACGAUUUUGCACCGGGGCGUCGUGAACGGGGGCAGCAGUGCAACUGGAGCUGCAGGAGCUCACGGACAAGCUUCCACAUCUGGUGCUCUGGGCGGUCAUAGCGGUUGUGUUACGAUCCCGCAGGGCACUCCGCCGGGGGUUUGCCCCAUCAAUCCGCAUGUCAGUGGGGCGCAGCACUUGGUGGCGCAGCAGCAGCAGCAGUCUAGUAACCACAACUGUUCCGCCGCAACAUCGCAGCAACAGGACGCAAUCAUGUCGGAAGCAGGAACUACGGCUCCUGCGCCUCCGCCGGUGGCAAGCAUCCCCACACCCUGCAGUAACACAACCAUGAACUCGUCCUCUCAGCAACAACACGGUGGUCACAGUGGCCAACACGCGACGGAACAGAAUCAGCAGCAACAUCUCCGUGGGUCGUUCAGUGAUGCGACCACCACGGUUCUGGGCGGUGCCGGUGGCUCCUGCAGUGUGAGUAUGAACAACCAGCACCAGGCAAUGGAAGUGGUACAGCAGUCGAUGGAAAUGGAUGUCGUUGGACAGCAGCAGCACCUCGGAACAAGUGCCGGCACAGCAACUACUGCUCCCCGUAACGACUCGUACCACAUUGUGAUGCACCAGCAGCAGGACCAGUUUAGCCAACACCGAGAUUCUAUGUCCAUUUCGUCCAGUACCUCGCAGUGCAAUGGUACCAGUCUUCGAGACCAAUUUAGUACCCAAACCUCGCAAUCGUCGUCGCAGCAGAUGUCGGAUAUCGGGGGAACCUCCAGCGGGGGCCAACAGCAGCAUCAGCAUAACAACAUGGGGAACAAUCAGCAAUCUCAGUUUAAUAUUCACCAGCAACACAAUCACAAUGACACUGGCGGAUUACAAGCCAGAACGUCUCUCGGUGGUGGCGGAACAACGACCACAGGAGCUUCGAACGGCGCAACUGGUUCGCUGUUUAACCCUUCCGAAAGCUCGACGCACCGCAUACGCGCAACGGUGGGCGAGAUCAACCAGCGACACCACAGUGCGACGGCGUCGGCGGGACAAGGACAACUAGUACACCAAAACUCUGCUUUCGGAAGCAUGCUGAACGGAGGUGGUUCGUGCACGACCAAGCCAGGACAACAACACCAACAGCACAACAACUCUUUAUCUACGAACACAACAGCGAUCUCUUCCGCGGGGGGCAGCAAUUCAUCGUUCCACAAUAGCAGCACGCACCAGGUGGACGCCACAAUGCUCUCGUCGGGCGGCUCCAGUUGCAGUACCACGUUGCACAAUCGGGGGAAUAACAGCUUUUACAACUCUUUGCAACAGCUAUCCACUUCUACAACUUCCGGAACAACUACAGGAGCAAACAACAACGGACCGCAGCACAUGAGCAUCGAUUUGACGACGUCGAACUCCUCCUCUCAGUCUGCGGGCAAUGGCUGUGGCAGUGUGAAUGUCACCAUGAAACAGCAGCACGAUCAUACAAGUACAACUAAUUCGCUGUUCUCGAUCGCGGGCAGUAGUACGACUAGCGGACAACACCUUCCUUCGUGCGGCAGUGCUACGGGGACCACUACCGCUUCCACUUGGGCGGCGGGUGGUCAGCCGGCGCAGCACAACAACUCCAUGCUAGAUCAUUCGAUGCAGCAGCACUCGGACCUGCCCCCCCGGAAGCAACCCCGGGGCCACAGCGGCACCACGAGUGCUGGUGCGACGGGCGGCUACAACCGGGGUUCUGGGAAUGCUCCCACUACUUCUGGGCAGUACAGCGGGCAACUCGCACAACCAGCGAACGCGGCGACAAUGCAGACCUGUUGGAACAAGAGCAAGUACACCUACAAGUAA